AUGGCCGAGAAGGGCGACUGCCUCGCCAGUGUCUACGGGUAUGACCUGGGCGGGCGCUUCGUUGACUUCCAGCCCCUGGGUUUCGGCGUCAACGGGCUGGUGCUGUCGGCUGUGGACAGCAGGGCCCGCCGGAAGGUGGCGGUGAAGAAGAUCACCCUGAGUGAUGCCCGAAGCAGGAAGCACGCCCUCCGGGAGAUCAAGAUUAUCCAGCGCCUGGACCACGACAACAUCGUGAAGGUGUACGAGGUGCUGGGGCCCCACGGCACCGACCUGCAGGGCGAGCUGUUCAAGUUUAGCGUGGCCUACAUCGUCCAGGAGUAUAUGGAGACCGACCUGGCACGCCUGCUGGAGCAGGGCACGCUGACCGAGGAGCACGCCAAGCUGUUCAUGUACCAGCUGCUCCGGGGGCUCAAGUACAUCCACUCCGCCAACGUGCUGCACCGAGACCUGAAGCCCGCCAACAUCUUCAUCAGCACCGAGGACCUCGUGCUCAAGAUUGGGGAUUUCGGGUUGGCGAGGAUCGUUGACCAGCACUAUUCACACAAGGGUUACCUGUCAGAAGGGCUGGUAACGAAGUGGUACCGCUCACCGCGCCUACUCCUCUCCCCUAACAACUACACCAAAGCCAUCGACAUGUGGGCCGCCGGCUGCAUCCUGGCUGAGAUGCUCACGGGCAGGAUGCUCUUUGCUGGGGCUCACGAGCUGGAGCAGAUGCAGCUCAUCCUGGAGACUGUCCCCGUCAUCCGGGAGGAGGACAAGGACGAGCUGCUCAAGGUGAUGCCUUCCUUCGUCAGCAGCACCUGGGAGGUGAAGCGGCCGCUGCGCAAGCUGCUCCCGGAAGUGAACAGUGAAGCCAUCGACUUUCUGGAGAAGAUCCUGACCUUUAACCCCAUGGAUCGCCUGACCGCCGAGAUGGGGCUGCAGCACCCCUACAUGAGCCCCUACUCUUGCCCCGAGGAUGAGCCCACCUCACAGCACCCCUUCCGCAUCGAGGAUGAGAUUGACGACAUCCUGCUGAUGGCCGCCAGCCAGAGCCAGCUCUCCAACUGGGACAGGUACCCCGUGAGCCUGUCGUCGGACCUGGAGUGGCGGCCCGACCGAUGCCAGGACGCGAGCGAGGGGCAGCGCGACCCGCGCGCGGGGUCGGCGCCGUUGGCGGAGGACGUGCAGGUGGACCCGCGCAAGGACUCGCAGAGCAGCUCGGAGCGCUUUCUGGAGCGGUCGCACUCGUCCAUGGAGCGCGCCCUCGAGGCCGACUACGGGCGCUCCUGUGACUACACGGUGGGCUCGCCGUCCUACCUGGACAAGCUGCUGUGGCGCGACAGCAAGCCGCACCACUACUCGGAGCCCAAGCUCAUCUUGGACCUGUCGCACUGGAAGCGGGCGGCCGGCGCGACCCCCGCCGCCGGGGUGGCCGCGGGCCCCGGGCCGCGCGACGACGAGCCGGCCAGCCUCUUCCUGGAGAUCGCGCAGUGGGUCAAGAGCACGCAGGGCGGCCCCGAGCGCGGCGUCAGCCCGCCCCCCGACGGCCCCGAACGCCGCCUGUCCCCACCCGGCCGCCCGGCCCCCAUCGACGGGGGCGCCAGCCCGCAGUUCGACCUGGACGUGUUCAUCUCCCGCGCCCUGAAGCUCUGCACCAAGCCCGAGGACCUGCCAGACAAUAAACUGGGCGACCUCAAUGGCGCGUGCAUCUCCGAGCACCCCAGCGACCUCGUGCAGACCGAGGCCUUCUCCAAAGAAAGGUGGUGA